AUGUCUAAUUUGUCUAAUAUACUAAUUCCUGAUACUUCCCAAGCUGAGCAUUCUCACCGCACACGAGAAUCUUCCCAACCCUCAGUCCCUCGCAAGCGCAUCACAGUUCCUCGAUUACUUACAAAUUUCCCAACAUCUUCAAGCACCAACUCAACUAACACAUCUUUCAAAUAUCUCUAUCGAAGAAACGAUCUUAAUUCCUCUUUCCAACUACCUAGUAAUAAACCUUUGAAAGUCCCACCUUUAUUGAAUAAAUCAAUAAUUCUUCACAAAGUUAAAGAAAAAUCAGACCGAGUAGGAAUUGACAUCAAUGAUGACUUAUUUUUUUUAAAUGAAUAUAAGUGAGAUUUACUUAGGAAAAUUGAAAUAAAAAAGCAAAGAGAAUUAUCAUGUGCGAAAUUUCCUUUUUGGUUUCAGGAUUCCCUUUGUGAUGACUUGAUGAUAAAAGCUGUAAAAGAGUCCAAAAGGAUUGAAAAUUAUGAUAACAUCUUAGGAAACGAAAGAAGAAAUGAAUUUUCUAAGUGGAUUGUACAGAUGAAAGAAAACUUGUAUAGGGAUAGUUAA